AUGGAGUUCGACCCGAUCCCAGUCGGUUCGUGCUCCAAAGAACACCAGACGAUCUACAAGGACUGGUUCAAUUACGCUGAUUCAGAUAGCGAUGGCCGCAUUACGGGGAGUGAUGCCACCAAGUUUUUCUCCAUGUCCAAUUUGUCUCGCGAAGAUCUUAAGCAGGUGUGGGCUAUUGCAGAUUCAAAGCGGCAAGGAUAUCUUGGUUUCUCUGAAUUUAUCAUUGCUAUGCAGCUAGUUUCUUUGGUUCAAUCUGGGCACUCAAUAACACCUGAUUUGCGGACUGGUGAUGUUGAUUUUACAGAUCUACAACCUCCCAUAAUGGAUGGUUUGGAUGCAUUACUAGUUAAGAAAAAGCAUAAACAUAAAGAGGUUGACACAAAUGGUAGUUCUCAAUUGCAACUAUCACCAUCAAGUAAUUGGUUUUCUUCAAAAUCAACAAAAAAGGUGCCUCUUUCCUCAGUGACAUCAAUAAUUGACGGCUUGAAGACACUCUACCUUCAGAAGUUGAAGCCAUUAGAAGCCACUUACCGUUUUAAUGAUUUUGUAUCCCCAUUACUGACAAAUAGUGACUUUGAUGCCAAACCUAUGGUUAUGCUUUUGGGUCAGUACUCAACUGGAGCGCAUAUUGGACCCGAGCCAACAACUGAUAGAUUUGUUGUUGUCAUGUCCGGAUCGGAUGAGAGAACUGUUCCUGGAAAUACUGUUGCUGUCCAAGCAGACAUGCCAUUUAGUGGCCUUACAACUUUUGGCACAGCAUUUUUGUCAAAAUUUGUCUGUUCACAAAUGCCUCAUCCUCUACUGGAACACAUCACAUUUGUCGACACUCCUGGAGUUCUAUCUGGAGAAAAGCAACGGACACAACGAGCAUAUGAUUUUACGGGUGUAACAUCUUGGUUUGCUGCUAAGUGUGAUUUGAUACUCCUACUGUUUGAUCCUCACAAACUUGACAUCAGCGAUGAGUUCAAUCGUGUGAUAUCAUCCUUACGGGGGCAUGAUGACAAAAUCAGAGUGGUUUUGAACAAGGCAGACCAAGUUGAUACCCAACAAUUGAUGAGGGUGUAUGGAGCCUUAAUGUGGUCACUUGGGAAGGUGCUGAAGACACCUGAAGUAAUGCGUGUGUAUAUUGGCUCCUUCAGCGACAAGCCUGUAAAUGAUGCUGCCACUGGUCCAAUUGGUAAGGAACUCUUUGAAAAGGAACAGGAUGAUCUUCUUUCGGAUCUGAAAGAUAUACCAAAGGCAGCUUGUGAUCGAAGAAUCAAUGAGUUUGUCAAAAGAGCCCGGGCAGCCAAGAUACAUGCUUAUAUUAUCAGUCAUCUUAAAAAGGAGAUGCCUGCUAUGAUAGGCAAAUCUAAAGCUCAGCAAAAGCUCAUUGAUAAUUUGGCAGCUGAAUUUGGAAAGGUACAAAGGGAGUUCCAUUUACCUCCUGGUGAUUUCCCAAAUGUAGAGUAUUUCAGAGAGAGAUUGAGUGGUUACAAUAUUGAUAAGUUUGAAAAAUUGAAACCAAAGAUGAUACAAGCAGUUGAUGAUAUGUUAGCUUACGACAUUCCUAACCUCUUGAAGAAUUUUAGGAAUCCCUAUGAUUAA